UUGCAUUCACAUCUCCACAGCAAAACAAAACUCGUUUCCUCUCAUUACCUAAAAUCCUUGUUUUCUCUCUACAGCAAAGAAUAUAACAAGAACACACAGAAUUUCAUUUGGCUAAUCUUCAAGAUUUCUUUGCUUGACCCAAGCUUGAAUUGGAACAUGGAAGGUGCUGUUGCAUAUGAGAACGAUCUGAAUCUCAAGGCAACCGAGCUUAGACUAGGGUUGCCAGGGACAGAAAGAAAUGAAGAACAAGCUGCACUUUCUUGUACAAGAAACAACAAGAGACCAUUGCCGGAGACCAGAGAUGAGUGCGGAGAAAAGGCCAGUGAUUACACAGAAACUGCUCCUCCCCCCAAAGCACAGAUAGUUGGGUGGCCUCCAGUCCGAUCCUACAGGAAAAAUAACUUGCAGACAAAGCAGACUGAGGCGGAAUCUUCUGGGAGGUAUGUGAAAGUAAGCAUGGAUGGAGCUCCAUACCUUAGAAAGAUCGACCUCAAGGUUUACAAGGGCUACAAAGAACUCCUCAAGGCUUUACAGAGCAUGUUCAAAUUUACCAUAGGUGAGUACUCAGAAAGAGAAGGCUACAAGGGAUCAGAAUAUGCGCCUACUUAUGAGGACAAAGAUGGUGACUGGAUGCUUGUUGGAGAUGUUCCAUGGGAUAUGUUUAUGUCAUCCUGCAAAAGGUUGAGAAUCAUGAAAGGAUCGGAAGCAAGAGGCUUGGGCUGUGGAGUAUGAGAAACCCCACAACACAAGCAACAGCCACCCAAAGGAGCAGGAGAAAAAGACAAGAUUGUGUCUCCCAUGAAGAUAAAAUCUCUUAGCUUGGGUUCUCCAAGAAAGAAAUUCAAUCUGAAUCUCUGGGUCGCUCUAUUUUUGACUGACUCCAUUGCAGCUGCACUGGGAAAUUUUAAACAGGAAACAGAAAAAAAGAAAAACCAAAAGUUUAUUUUGGUUUUGGUUUGGACACUACGGUAUCAUUUUGUUGGUCCUUGUAAUCUCAUCAAGCCAAAACUUCAUGCUUGAAGAUAAUUCUUCAAGUACAAUAGUGUAAAUGGGAAAAAGAACAAAAGAACAAAAAAAGAAAGGAAAUCAAAAAUAGGGUUCUCCAAGUUUUGGUAUACUGUAGUAUUUUAUUCUGUAUACGAAACUAUAAAGUGUUAUAUACCAGAAGUGUGCGGUUAAUUACAA